GCUGUGCGCACCUAAGUUCGUUGUAUGUAGUACAAAUGUAAUAUUAAUAAUUAUGUAAGAUCGGUCUGUUUGUGAGACAAGGUGGGUAUUAGAAUUCAUCAGACGUAGUGAUGUUGUCUCCUCGACGAUGCUAGUCAGACAUUGAUAUGCAGAAGCUUGGAAUGCAGUCACGGUUGUUCCUUCUUUAUCGAGGCGGUGAUGGGCUGUUCAAAUUUCGCAAUUGACUGAUCGGAUCAAUGUCCAAGGAAUUCCGAGACACUCCUCGAAUCGGAUCUGUUCACCCGCUCGAGAUUCGCCAGCUGCAGCACUCUCAGCUGUCCGUCCCCGUUCCUUUGUAAAGCUUGGCAUUUGAUAUCGAGUGCUAGUGGCCCCGUUCCACAUGCGGUUCCCUGUGGUUGAUUGAUGACAAGAGUACGUUUAAAAACCUCAGUUUCUCGAUCCUGGUCGAGGGUCGGCAAUGUUUACCGAAUCAUCGUCAGAACGCCAGCUCGAUGGCAUAUCCCUCCUGAGCUUAACACUUUUUACAGCCAUUUGCUACGGCACUGUACUGACCAUCUACAUCCAGUGCUUCUUUUCAUUGGUCCACAGUCCGAUGCGGCGGGCUCCCGGAUCACGACUGUUUUUCCUUGGCUAUACAUCUGUCAUGUUCAUUCUUGAAACGUUAUAUGCUGCUGCAAAUUUUCGAAGAGUUUGGAUAGCAUUCGUUGUAAAUUGGGGCUCCCCCAUGAAUUCAACGAGUUACGAGAUUGGUUUAUGGAGUGAUUGGGCCGGUACAGCAGCAAUGGCGUGCUAUAUCAUCUCCAAUUGGUUGGCGGAUGCGCUUACGCUUGUGCGCUGUAUGAUCUUGUUUCGAAACAUGAAAAACACAAGAUGGCUGAUUCCUAUCCUAUGCAGCGUGUUCCUUGUUGUUAUUGUGACUUCUAUCAGUCUGUUUGUGAAUACAACAGAAGUGACCAAGUCAAUGGAAGCAAUGACCAAAGCCUACCGCAUCUUUGUUGUGGUCGAUCUCUCCUUUAAUGUUAUCACGACGUCAUUGAUAACCGCUUGUAUCAUGAUGCACCGCACGAAGCUAAGGAAAUCUUCAGGAACUCAUGACCAUGGGAGGGAGUACAUCAAUAUCAUCGCGAUGACCAUUGAGUCUUGUAUGAUUUCCGCGAUUAGCCCGAUCGUCUAUCUCGUCCUCUACGCGAUGAAUAGCUUUGUGCAGUAUCCACUCAUGGUCAUCCAGAACCAAAUGCAGGUCAUUGCGUUCUUUGUAUUGGUCUUGAGAAUCAUUCAAGGAAAAACGUGGACAAGACGAGCAGAUGCUAAUAUCACUUCUCAUUCGCUUCCAAGUGACGGACUUUCCUUCCAGCUUCAGCGGGCUUCGUCUUAGUAUUACCACUAAAUAGCUCCAUCACGAGCCCAACACACUGUUACACCUACGUAAUGUACAGAACUAUCAGAAUAUUCACACAGCCCUCUAGAUUUUCGUCAUGGACUGAUUUCUGCAAGCGGCGGAGCAGAAGUAAUCUGUUCCAGUCUGUGGGUAGCGUUGGCACAUGAUGCAUCCAGGAACCAGUCCGAGGGUCACUGCUUCUCUGAAGAACAUUUAGUAUCUCGUGGUAAUCG